UAUCUAAACCGUCGCACUAGACGCUUUUCAAUAUAGUGAAUAAGUGAAGCGUUCUGAUCCCUACAUACUAACUAUGCUGAGUGGCUGACAUUUGCAUAUAUACCUGUGGCAUACGGGUAUUAGCUUUCUGCAAAGUAGCUGACCGUAUAUCUCUUAAACCACUGGUAUACAGUGAUAUGUCAGGUAAAGGAAGGUAAACAUAAGAUGAUCCCUUAUAGGGGACGAUAUUGAAUUGUCAUCGGAACAUAUAGUUGCACUUCCACAGGGCAUACGGAGUAUUGUCCGCCUUAAAUUCAACCACCCCCUCAUCUUCCUUUUUAGGAAGCCACUGUCUGCUCCCAUCUUUGCCAUCAUGCUUGUGGCCCUCGUCCCUUCAUGUUUCCUCGCCGUGCCCUCAUACAUAAAUCCCCAACAGGAAUAUCAGUCAUCCCAUAAUCUAUUCAUUAAAUCGUCUCUCUGAGUGACCAUAAAGUGUCUGGCUCCCACGAAAGACUACUAUGCCUGUACUUAUAGUGGAUGGUGAAAGUUAUCGAGUACCAUUCAUGCCAUUCUCCAGAGGUUACAGAACCACCAAUGAAAGAUGGCUCACCUAUGAUGCUAAAAUUGUGAGAAGCAUUAGUUUGAAUUUUACACGGAAAAAAAAAAUCUGAGCUCAAUACUUUCCAAAUGCUAACGGUGAUAUAUGCAGCGUGUGAAAGCUACGCCCGAAGCUCCUAGAAACACCCGGUGGUCUCCCCAAGAUGAUAUGACCCUUCAGGACCUUAGAAACUGCAAUACCCCAUGGAAGUAUAUAUCUGCUGCGAUGAAUAAUAAACCCGUCGAAGAUCUCAAAGAGCGAUGGUCGAAUCUCCGAGAGGGCAUCACGCGAGAGAUCGUUGCAGAACCGAUAAAGUAUACUAAUGAGAUGCAUUUCAUCUGUGAACUACCGGAAGGUCGGAAAGUUGAGCGGAAUGUGUCUUUCUCAGAUCCCUUGGCCACGAAUGACAAUACUGAUGACCAUCUUAUUGACUCUCGACCAUCAAAAGUCAAACAUGUGCUCUAUACCGAUGAAAAUUUUGAUUUGGAGGACGUGCUGCUCCUACAUACAAUUGCUGCCAAUUGGGAAAGAGAUAAAUGGUUGGCUGUUAGUACCCAUUUCAAUGACAGGACCGGGCGCAGUAUUACCCCAGACGAGGCCAAAUCGGUAAUUGAUCCUGAAGGAGUCUGGGAUCCCCAUUGUUAUUGGAGAACCUAAAACAACCUUGAUCUUUGAAGACCCGUGCCGGGGGUUUUCGGCAACCGGAAAUACCAUGAGGUCGGCUCAUGGAAUGCUUGAUGACUCGAGUAUUUGCCCGGAAUAGGUAGGUUAGGUGGACGUGUCAAAUUAAGAAUGUGAACGUCGUUGCGUGAUCCUUUCUUUUUUUUUUUUUUUUAUCUUAUUUUU